AAAGACUAAUACUUCACCUAAUAAAAAUGACUCUAACGGAAGCCAAAUGUUCAAGAGAGCCAGCCGACAAAGAGGAGCGGAUCAGGAAACUGAACCAACAAGUGGACUCACUACAAAAUGUCAUCCUUCAGGUACAAGAGCUCCAUCAUGACUUGGUAGCCUUCUGUGGGUCAGUUAAAGAACAUGGAUCUAGAGGUGGACGUGGAGGGUUGCACCUCUGCUGAUCUCAAGCAGAAGCUCGAUGUGGUUAAAAGCAGACUGAAGGACAAGAGGCAGGACCUUUAUACUCUAAGAGACACCAGCACUUCUGAUGUCAAGAUGAAGCCUCUGGAGGUCCGUCUGUUGGAAAAGAUGACGCAGAACUGCCAGGUGUUUAAGAAGGAAAUCUCUGUUGUGCAUCUUAACCGACAAAUGGCUUACCCCAGAAUGCUUUACAAGAAAAGCUACAACAAGGAGAGGGCUCAGAAAAAGGGUUUGGCUAUCGGAAGCCUGAGCCAGCUGGUGACACCGCAGUGUCCCGCCGUUCUGAUGGUCGUACAGGAGAGCGUGAGGCCUGACGGUCACUAUGGUUUCACGUGUCAACACAGGGAGGGAAGCGGUCUGGUGGUGGUUCGGGUGGAGCAAACUCACCUCUGUGUGGAUGACAGGCUGGUGGAGGUGAAUGAUGUACCUGUGAUCAGCUCCACAGAGGAGGAGCUGAAUGACCUCCUGGUCCAGGCUCCCUGUGCUCAAAUUGUUGUCCUGCGUCAGCCCCCACCCACCUUCACUUCUUAUGGGGAUCCUCUGCUCCUGCCCCAUGGCUUUGACCCUGAUCCCAUUCAAAGUAUCUGCCCAGGGAUGGAUGUAGUCACCAAGGAAACCCCUCCACAGAGGAAGGUGAUGUAGUCCAUGAGCCAGUAGUCAAU